AUCUGAACAGUUGUUCUAUUUUUAUGACUGGGUGUGUGGUAGCAUGGGUUUGUCAACAAGCUGUAAUGGCAGUUUCUGCAGAGCUUUAAUAGCCUUAGAUUAGGAUAAAUAUUAUUAGGAGAGUAAUUUUUGUAGCUUCUUAUGAGCAUGUGUGAACUGAAAUUCUGAAAACUCAUAAUUUCUUUCAUUUUUAUGCAGCUUAUAGCUGAGGACAUAAAUUUUCUAGAGGACAGAAGACAAGCUUUGUUGUAGGAAAAACUGUCCUGCUCAAUAUUCGUGUUGUUUCUAAAAGCAGAAGUUUUAUAGAUUAAUGAGGAUUUUAAAAAGAUCACUUAAAAAAUAUUGCAUACAUCCACAGCCUUAUUUUUGAAAAAAGCUUUUGUUAUUUUUGUUGACUCUUUAUGCAAAAAUUCAAAUUGAAGAAGACAACCUAGCUACUGAAAUAUUUCUUUUCAGUGAUUUAUCUGCUGCUGAUAUAAGAAGCAGGAAACAGUAUUGUAAGGGGAAUAUUGACUCUGAGCAGUGCUGUUAACUGCAGCUGUUAUUUAUAGUAAUUACUAUUUGGAUUUUCACCUCUACACAGAAAGACUAUUUUGUUAAUUAGCAAAACAUGGGAGAAGUCCAGAUGAGAAAGCACUGUUACAAGAUGACACAGUGUGGCAUCAGAAAACAAGGGGUCAGGUAAAAUACUAUAAAGAAAAGAAAAGUUUUCUGUGAGAUAAUUAGGAUUUUUCCUUAUUUUGCAUGGUAAAUUUGCAAAACAGGUACUUAAGAUGGCUGGGGAAUUCUAUGGACUGAUUAAGCUUAAUAAAGCUAGUAGAAAUAUGGAAGAAGAAAUAAAUUCCAAUACUAGAUGUGUUACUAAGGAAAAUAUCAUUUCUAUUAAUGAUUGAAACGGAAAUUGGCAGUGGUGACUCAGAACAUAAUGCUUAUUUAUCCUUACGGAAAACAUGACACCUCAAUUCAGUGUCAGAUAACAAUAUGCCAAAUAUAAAAAGGGGUUUUCAUUUGGCAUUUUAAGUACUCAUUCCUGCUUCUAACUAUGGUAUGAGAAGAGCAGCUCCUAUUCUGGCUGGAUGAGAAAAUGUCUAUAAAUGAAAUUUAGGAGAAAACAUGUAUAUUUUUCUUCACAGACUAAUGUAGUUAAUGGUGUAACUGCUUUUUAAUUGGCUUUUCUAGUUACUGUUUUGACUUUUAUGUGGAUUAAAUUUUUUUCAAAGAGAAAGAUGAAAUGUCUGUUUCUCUCAAGAUAAGCUCAAUUCAGUUCCUGUCUGUAAAAAAAUCUUUAUAUUAAUUUCCAACACGUUUCCUUUUAGCAUUGUCUUUUCUUCAUUUAUAUAGGCUUAUUUGAAUGUAGUUUUCAAAAAAACAUUAUGCAUUCUUACUCUAUUAAAUUACGUCUGGAGCCAGACGAUAAGAGGUCCUUUAUUUUGCCACUUUCGUUUCAGAAAUUUGGUUUUGUAUCGUAACUUUAAUGUCUGCUAUGCUGUUCAUUGAAGUCAGGGGAAUCUGUGGAUGCAGUGGAUCUGCAUCUGUGGAUCCGUGACACUGUGGAUUUAGUAACAUUUGGAUCAUACCCUCUGUUCCUGAGGGACAGUUGCCAACAUUCUAAAAUGUUUUUUUCUGACCAUCAAACUAGAGAAUCCAAGAUAGAAUAGAAGGGGUGUGUCAGUUUAAGAUUACUAUGGGUAGACUAUUUUAAACUGUAAUUCAAGGCAUUAUUACUAUUAUUUAAAAGGAAAUAUAAAAGUUUAUAACGGGACCCUUUCCAAUGCUGCUAUGAGUCUUUAUUUUAGGAUUAUAACUUACUUAGGAAUCCAGUUCUGUCUGGCGGCUCCUCAGUUUGUAUCAUGUUGUGACACCAUUAUUUACUCAGCAAUUACGCUAAUGGAACAACUUAUGCAUAACUGCUGAUGACCGACCAGUUGUUCCCAAGAGUACAUGGCUGGAGCCAUAUGAUCUUAUCAACACAUUUGAGAGCCCUACUCAAACACUGAGAGAGAUUUUGCUGCAGCAAUGACUGUCAUAGAAGAAAGUCGCCCUUUUGCCCAGCAGCUAUCCAAUGUCUACUUUACUAUACUUUCACUUUUUUGUUUUAAACUUUUCGUGAAGAUCAGCCUUGCUAUACUUAGUCAUUUCUACAUUGUGAAAGGAAACCGUAAGGAAGCAGCAAGAAUAGCUGCUGAAUUUUACGGAGUUCCUCAAGGACAAGGUUCUUGGGCAGAUCGCUCACCUCUGCAUGAGGCAGCCAGUCAAGGACGUCUUCUUUCUCUAAAGACUUUAUUGUCACAGGGGUACAAUGUCGACACACUAACAAUUGACCAAGUAACUCCACUUCAUGAAGCCUGCCUGGGAGAUCAUGUAGGAUGUGCAAGAAUCCUUCUUGAAGCAGGAGCAAAUGUAAAUGCUACAACAAUUGAUGGAGUGACACCUUUAUUUAAUGCGUGUUCGAGAGGCAGCGCAGCAUGUGCUGAGCUCUUGUUAGAGUAUGGUGCCAAAGCCCAGUGGGAGUCCUGCCUUCCAUCACCAACACAUGAAGCAGCCAGUAGAGGUCACAGUGAGUGUCUGGAGGUACUGGUAUCCUCCGGCAUAGAUGUUGACCAAGAUCUUCCUCACUUAGGAACACCUCUGUAUGUAGCCUGUGUUUCACAGCAGAUCCAUUGUAUUCGAAAGCUUCUUUAUGCAGGUGCCAAUGUGCAGAAAGGAAAGCAUUUGGAAACCCCACUCCAUGCUGCUGCCCAGCAUUCUAGUACAGAGAUAGUAAACUUACUCCUUGAAUUUGGGGCAGACAUAAAUGCCAAAAAUACAGAUUUUGAGAGGCCUGUCGAUUUAGCUGCUCCAAGCAGUUUAGUGGAGAGAGUGCUGCUCCUCCAUGAAGCCACACCAUCUUCUCUUUGUCAGCUCUGCCGACUAUGUAUCCGAAAUUACAUAGGAAGAGCUAGAUUGCAUCUUGUCCCACAACUCCAGUUGCCAACAAUACUGAAGAAUUUCUUACAGUACAGAUAACAGAGUAACUAACCUUUAUGAACAUGAAUAACAAGUACUUCUGUUUAUUGUACGUUUUACCUAAAAAACUGCUGGGCGGAAAAAAAGCCUUUUGCAUAUCACUUAAAGAAAUAUGUAUCUUUGAUAGCUGGUGUUGGUAUAUAAUAAUUGGGAACCAUUCAGCAACUGGUACCAAGGUGCUAAUAAGGCUGAAUUGAAUUAGUGUGCUCAUACUCUGGGAAAUUAUUGUAUAGCUUUAGCUUAACACUUACUAAAUAGCUUUAGUGCUGUUAAUUUUAAUUGUAUUUAUACUUCUAAGAUCUGUUUGACACACCUGAAACACAAAGAGUUUCUUCAUUAAUAUUUGUUAAGUUUGUCUAGUUGAAGUCAUUAUUUUAUGUGUUUUUAAAUUUUCGUUGUUUGUGUACCUAAAAAUACUCGAUGAUAGGUGCACUAUAUGCAUUGAUAAAAAUAAAAAAAAAUAUAUGUCAA